AUGAGUAAUGCUAAAUCUGAUGGGGAGAAUCCAAAAUUUAUGAUGGGUGAUGAACCUGUGAGAUUUUAAAAUUAUGUUGGAGGAUAGGAUGAACAAUAAGUCCCAUAAUAGGAUCAAAAUUUAGAAUACUACAAUGAGUACCUGAGAUUAUACAUUGCAAAUGUAGUCUUAACAAAUCAAUUAAAAGAACUUUUGAAUGAGAAGAAUGAACUAGUCAAUAAAUUGAACAAAUUAGAACGUCGCAAUCAGGAGUUAAAUUCAAAUGUGGAAGAAACAGGAGAGGAGAGAAAGAAAAGAUUGAGGAGACCAGCCCAAGAAAUAGAAAGACACUUUACUUGUCCAGUUGAAAAUUGCCAAAAAAAAUACGGAGCUGAAGGUUCUCUUAAUUAACACAUCAAACUCAAACAUCCAGAAUUAGUAAAAGAUAGAGCAUUUUAUAAAUCAAAUGAAUAAUCAUAGUAAUAAGGAGAACCAGAAUCGUUAUCAGACCCAAAACAGGAGUAAAUUUAAUGA